AUGGAAAAAUGGUUCAAAGCUAAUAUUCAGCAGGAAAGACAGUGUGCUGCAGACAUUUCUGGAAGCGAAAAAGAUGAUUCAAAAAUUACUGGUUUCCCAAGAACUCCAGCUCCUGAAUGGUUGGAAGUUCUACGUCAUCACCUUCGCGCGUGUAAAUCACGGCUUCAUCCCAAUCGACCAAGACGAAAAUUGGCCGGAGGUGCAAAAGUUCAAUGA